AUGCAAUAGUCAAGUCAGUCUCAGCAGCAGUAGCAGCAGCAUUAUAGACUAAGUUCUUAAGACUACUCAUCUUUUCAUAACAACACUAUAACUGAUGAAAAUGCCCCACUUACUGAUAGAGGCCUGCUUAUUAGAUAAAAUCUUGAAUCCUCCAGAAAUUCUUAGCUUGAUAAGAAAAAUCCUACGAAGGAAGAAAUGACAGUGACUGCCGAGCCUUAAUCUCAGAAUGCUGGAGGUAUAGUUGAUGCGAGAUUUUCAACUUAAGGUGGAUUCUCUAGCAACAUAAUCUUUCAAAGCUAGUAUAAUGCAUUUUAAAACUAAGGUCCAAAUAUGAAUGCCUAAAUCAUCAAUAGUAUAAGCAGAGAAGCAGAGUAAUUUUUACCCAAUAAAAACAGUGGCACAGCUGGCAAUAAUACCUCUCAGGAGUACAAGAAAGACAAUUCUUUGUAAUAGUAAUCACAACAAUAGGACUAACAGCUUCAAGAUUCAAUGAGUAGUCACAGUCUUGAUCAUUCAAACCAUAGUAAGAAAAAGGAAAGCGAUGUGCAAUUGUAUAAUGUUGAAGCACCAACAAUAAAAACAGCAAAGACAAUGGUAGAGUCAACUCACAUAAGAAAAUUUCUGUUUUCUAGUGCAUUCAGAAUGUGUAUUCUAGAUGUUAUAAUUGUUGCUUGCUGUGUGAUGGACUCUGAAAUUAGAUGGUAAUCUAAAGAGCUCUAUGAUGAUGUAUUCUACAAUCAAUAUCUGAAUCCUUAGUUUUACAUAGUGAACCUUCUAAGAGUGAUCAGCUUAGGAUGCGUCAUUGCUACUGUCAAGUACACUCUUAUGUGGUAUGAUACCAAUAUUAAGAAAUUGAGAUAAAGGAAUAAACUUUCACAAAGUGCUGCACUACCAUUGAAACUGCGAAUCAAGUUCAUCGUUGAGAUAAGCGUUUGUCUUAUUCAUAUACCCCCAUUUGCUGAUAUUGGAUGCAAAACAUUCAAUGAAAAGCAGUAUUUAGAUUAUAUAACCAUAGCCGCUUUUGCCAAGUUUUACAUCUUUAUUCGCUUGAUGAAGGAGAAGAGUCCUUUGAACUCAAACUCAGGUAGAUUUAUUGGAUCAUUCACCAAUAUUGAGUUCACCGAUUUAUUCUAUAUCAAGACUUGGCUAAAGGAUAAUCCCUUUUAAGCUAUGUUGCUGGCUGUGGGAGCAUUAUUGUUCUCAUGCAGUUAUAUGGUAUACCUUGCUGAGAGAAGAUACCCUAUAGAUUGUACUGAUUUUUCAGGGAAGUUUUCAACAUACUUCAAUUCUUUAUGGCUUAUCAUAGUUACUGUAUUUACUGUGGGCUAUGGCGAGCUUGCUCCCUUAACUGAUCUCGGUCGAGCUAUCGCAAUUACUGCUGCUUUAUGUGGUUUAAUAUUAUCAGCUACUCUCAUUGGCCUAGUUCAUCAAUACCUAACAUUGAAUAAUGAUGAAGCCAAUGUGUUGAAAUUUAUAGCUGAGCACUCUCGAAUCAAGGAAUAUUAAGAGUGUGCAUUAGAUGUUAUAAUGUAAGCAAUCAGGAUAUUUGUGGUGAAAUCCUAAAGAAAUAAAUCUCAAAGAAAGAUUUAGCAAGCUCUACUGGAUCUAGACGAAAAAAUAAAUAACUUCAGAUAAUAGAGAUCAAAGUCCCCUGAUCGUUUUGCAGCAAAGGGUGCACUCUCUACAAUAGAAUAUCAAGUGAAUAUAGCUUAUAGUACUCUUAAGAUUAUAAGUGAUCACUUGAGUAAUAAAAAGAUUAUUCUGCUAGACAAUUCAAUGCAAGCAAAGAAAUUUAUGCUUGAAUAAUCAAUGUCAAUGGUAAAUGGGCAGCAGUAUGCAAACUAAAAUUAUGCUAAUCAAUCAAAUUUGAACCUAUAAUCAACUUCAAGGCUUGGGAACUUCCUAAAGCCUAAUAAAAAUGACUUAUCUAUAAUAAAGAAUGAUGCUGGUACUCAGACAUUUGAGCCAAGGAGAUCAACUAUUGUACAUAAUGUAGUGAGAACCUGUGGUUGCAGAUGCAAUUGCAAUGGAUAAACUACUGUUACUCUUAAUUUGCAAAGCAAUAAUGAAGUGAGAAGAUAGUCUAUCAAUUAAAAUGAUAAUAUUGAUGGAGUUAUCAAUAACAGCUAUACUAAUUCUAAUGAAAACUCUGUGUCUGAAGAUAACAACAUGCAGAUGUUUGAAGCGUAGCAAAUAGCACUUGGAGAGUUAGGAGGAUAAGCGGGUCUUUAAAAUCAAAGCACUGCUACAUAAGAAGUAAAAGAACUAAGGCAAAUAGUCAUGCAAAGAAGAGAAGAUAUUGAGAGAGUGUUUCAAAAGAUCAAGGAUAUGGAAGAAAAAAUGAAUCAAUUUAUGACUGAGAUCAUGGAUCUCUGA